AGUUACAAUAGCGGAGAAAUUCGCUGCCUUGCACUGCAACUAAUUUUGAUGAAUUUUUUUUUUCAUGGAUGUGAUUUCCCGCCUUACAGUUUUAUCCAGACGUUAUAAUUAGUGUUCUUUAUCCAAUUAACCACUGAAUUAACAGCAGGAGGAUUAGUACAGUUGUACAAAGGAUUGCCAUGACAUCACCACUGUCCAGCAUAUUUUCAUUCACAAGCCCUGCAGUUAAGCGUUUGUUGGGUUGGAAGCAGGGAGAUGAAGAAGAAAAAUGGGCAGAAAAGGCAGUUGAUUCUUUAGUUAAAAAACUGAAGAAAAAGAAAGGAGCUUUGGAAGAUUUAGAAAAGGCACUAAGCUGUCCGGGUCAAAACAGCAAGUGUGUUACUAUUCCACGUUCACUGGAUGGACGACUACAGGUGUCACACCGAAAAGGCUUGCCCCAUGUAAUUUAUUGCCGAGUGUGGCGAUGGCCUGAUCUACAAAGCCAUCAUGAACUAAAGCCACUAGAGUGCUGUGAAUACCCUUUUAGUGCUAAGCAAAAAGAAGUUUGUAUUAACCCGUACCACUACAAAAGAGUGGAAAGUCCAGUGCUUCCGCCUGUUCUGGUUCCUCGAUACAGCGAGUUCCCAGCUCACCCUGGAGCAUUGGCACCAUUUCAGCAAGUUCCUGAACCUUCUAUGCCCCACAAUGUUACCUACCCUUUCCAGCAGCAACCACAGUCACCGCCAAAUUCUGGUCCAGGCAGCCCAUUUGGAUUGCCAGCGGACACACCUCCACCAGCAUACCAACCUCCAGAUGACAACAGUCAAAAUAGUUUGGGAAUGAAUCCACCCAAUAAUCUGCAGCAGGCUAACCCAGCUAGUGGCCCACAGCCUAUGGACACAUCAAUGGGAAAUCAAGCAGAAAUAUCAAAUAGAAGUCACCUUCGUAUACCGCAGCAAUGUGCCAGAUCUACACCGCAGGCUCCUCUCAUGAUCAGAAAUGAUCACAUAGAUCUUCAACCUGUGACAUACCAGGAGCCACAAUACUGGUGUUCAAUAGUGUACUAUGAGCUAAACAAUCGUGUGGGAGAGGCUUUCCAUGCAUCACACACCAGCAUUGUGGUUGAUGGAUUCACAGAUCCAUCAAAUAAUGCUGACCGAUUCUGCCUGGGACUUCUGUCAAAUGUUAACAGAAACUCUACUAUUGAAAAUACUCGCAGACACAUUGGAAAAGGUGUUCACUUGUAUUAUGUUGGUGGAGAGGUCUAUGCAGAGUGUUUGAGUGACAGCAGUAUUUUUGUACAAAGUCGUAAUUGCAACUACCAUCAUGGCUUCCAUCCGACAACCGUGUGUAAGAUUCCACCUGGCUGUAGUCUGAAGAUCUUCAACAACCAGGAGUUUGCUACACUGCUUAGUCAGUCGGUAAACCAUGGCUUUGAAGCUGUAUAUGAACUUACCAAGAUGUGCACGAUUCGCAUGAGCUUUGUGAAAGGAUGGGGUGCAGAGUACCAUCGUCAGGAUGUAACCAGUACCCCGUGCUGGGUUGAAAUUCAUUUGAAUGGCCCUCUUCAGUGGUUGGACAAAGUCUUGACCCAAAUGGGAUCACCUCAUAAUCCAAUUUCAUCAGUUUCAUGAUAACAAAUGACUUAAAUGACAUUGGAGUCUCCAGACUAAAUCACUUGCAACGUAGGAAUCAUAAGACAAUAUGCAUUCCAUCAUUACAACAUGUCUCAGAGUGCUUUGGAAAUUGAUUUUCCUUAUCACUUGUUAGUUUAUGUAGAUUUUGCAUGAUGUUAACAUAGAAGCUUGGUUUUUAUUAUUCAAAAUACAAUUAACUGAUAGUGAAUUUGACUGAGAAGUCAGUACAUCUAUCGAAACUACAGAAUGACUGUUUACGACAAAGAAUAACUUAUGUAGUGUUUCUGCAUUGGGGAAUUAAUAUCAGUUCAUUAUGAAACUGAGCGUUGGCCCUUCCAUAUUUUUAAAUGCUCACUGUUUAACAGAUGCAUACCAAGUGGUAGAUUCCUGAGUGGGGUUUUUUAAAUUUAUUUUUGGAAAUUACCAACAAUAUUUUUUUUUGACAAUAUGAAUAAAUAUCUUAUACUGAAUUUUUUUUAGUACAAUUUUUAUGAAUAAAUGGAUGUCAUAUAUAAAUUAGUUUUCAGAAAUAAUGUAUUUUUGUUAGUGCAUGUACAAAUUCUAGUAUUAUAACAAGAGUUUAGGCUCAUACCCAUGAACAAAGGUUUCCACCCUAUCACAUAGUUGCCUGUGUUUUUGCACACACAUAUAUUUCAGCAUCUUACAUAAUCGAUACAGUGUGCAAAAUUGAACUGAAAAAAGACUUGAUGUCUUCUCUUUAAAUGCAAUUACUGCAUUUUUUUUUUUUUAAUUUAUGAUGUGAGAAACUAAUGUGAAAAGUUUAAAAUAUUACCUCAAAUAUAAUGUCAUAAUUAUCUGGUUACUGGGUUUGUUUUGUUUUUGUUUGUUUUUUUAAGGAGGGGGAAUAGAUUUAUUUCAUAAAUUUCACUGCAUCUAAUAAAAUGUAAUCUAUUGCGAGCAAAUGUAAACAAAUUUCUAUGUUGUACAUGUAUGUUACUUCAUCUAUCAUAAGACCUGUGGAUGUAAAGUUUGAGAGUUCUAUAUCUGUUACUUGUGUCAGUGUGAGUCUACCAUUAGUUGUGUGGAUGUAAAACUAUAGCUUGUUAUGGAGCCUUCAUGUUUAUUUUGUCCAUAUUUGAACUACCAAGCAUGAGCUACAGAAGUUAAAACUAUAAUGCUAGUCCAUAAAAUGUUGGUAUUGAUGGAAAAACAGAUCAAAUUACAAAUUUAACCAUUAGCAUUCAAGACAUCUAUAUCUCUAAAAUGUGUUAGGUAUUGCUAUGUCAUGAUGCACAAACAUGUUCUAUAAUAUUCUAAGAAUAUUUCUGAAAACAUGAAUGUGUAUUAUCAUUAUACAACCAAACAUACUUUUCAUAUGAAAAGUUGAGUAUUAUGACAUGUAUCAUGAUACUCGUGACCCACACAUCAGCAUAGUGCUUGGUAAACCCUUAUACAGGUAACCACAAAGUAUGCUGAAUGCAACUUAGAACAUUUGACAGUUUAUUUUGAUAAGUAGCCAGCACAAGUAACAUCAAUAAUAGUCUUUGCCAUGAGCAAAAUCAAGGUGAGCUGAAGAUCACUCUCCUGAAAUGAUGUCAGGCUUAAAAAAUGUAUUGAAAGAUGAUCAUUUUAUAGUUCUCCUGAAACAUUCAAGGCGAGUGGGAGUGAUCACUCACCUUUCCUGGCAAAGACUGAAUAAUAAUUGUUGACAUGAUCAUUAUUUUUUUUUAAAUAACUAAACGGGGACAACUGUUAUAUUUCCCCCCAAAAGUAUCUUUUUAAUUUGCUUGCUCUGUUUUAUAGGCAGAUGAUUACUAAAAAAACCUUUUGAAAACAGUGAUCAGGCUUUUGUUCAUACUUUAUUCUUUAUUUCUGAAAAAUGAUUCCUGUAUUUGACUGGAAAUUGGCUAAUGUCUUUGAUUAAGAGCCCCCACCCCCUCUCCUUUUUGGGGACAUUUAAGAAAUUUAUUCAUUGUAUUAGGGGUGGGGUUUUUUUAAAUAAAAAUGCAGAUAACUAUGCUGGAUUUUAUCAUUUGGUAUAUCCAUGUUGGUUUGACAUCUGCAAAAAUGUUUGCUAUCAGUGCUUCUUGUUGUCAUUAAAAUUAUUUGAGCAGAAAACAGCAUGAGCAAAAUUACAUUUAAUAUUUAAAUUCAGCAUUUUGUCAAUAUAAAAGUUAUUACCCCAGAGUUCAGUCGUGUAUUAAAAAUGAUGUCAACGUUCAAAAUGACACUUCAGUUUUCCAUUGCUAAGAUUUUAGUUUUGAGAAAGUUAAUUUUAUUGAUCUCUUGAACUGAACAACCUGUUAUUCUGUGAAUGUUCUUUAAAAUAAAAUUAAAGCAAAAUGUUAUUACGACCCCAAUUAUGAAAAUGGGGCAUAGAGUUAUUUACUAAGCUUCCAUUUAUCGAACAAAGAGAACAUUUUAAAAGAACAGUUUUAUGAGCCUUGAGUAAUAUAUAGAAUUAUAAACUCAAUACCAGUUACAAUCAUGUUUGUCUUGGGGAAAUAAUAUCAUUUUUUAUUUCUGUUAAGUGUACAUAUGUAUAUAUGUGUCUGUAAAGGUAUGCAUUGUGUAUAGGACAUAAUAAGUGUAUAAAAGCAUGUAUAAAGUUCCAGUGGAAGAAAAGGUGUUUGAAAUCAUCUGUUUGUGUUGAUCGAAAUGUGGUCAUCUUAUUAGCUGUUGUCAUAUUGACUUAAAUGAAGUUAUGUGUAAAAAUGUGAACAGUGUUGACAGUAGAGGAAUGCUAAUAACAAUAAACUUAAGUUCUGUUCUUCGAGCAAAGAAACUGACCUUUCUCAGUUUAGAAGCAAGAUCACAUUAGAGUGGUUGGAGGUUGCAAUAUAAAGGAAAAUUUAUCAUGAACAUCAUCACUGCAGUAUUUUCAUGAUGUAUGCCAAAGUAAGAGACUGUUAGGACAGUCAUUGAGUUCAGUCGCUCACAAAAAUGAUUCAUUUACCAUGUACUCAGAAUGUUUUACUGUAAUAAGUAGUCAGCAUAGGUGUACAAAAUAACCAAUUAAAUGUGCUGAUUGUUGACAUUCUCUUAAAAAGAAGAAUUAUACAGUGAAAGCUUGCAGAUAAAAUUUAUUUCAAUAUAUUUAAUUGUAAAUUUGUUGUAAUUCAUUAAAGGGACAUACCCUGGUUACAGCCCGUGAAAAUUAACACUAAGUUUAUUUAAUCUACAAACC